AUCUUCCCUUCAUCUUCUUGUUCCCCUCACUUUGUUCAUCAUCUUGCUAUCUAGUUUCUCUCGAGUCAAAAUUAGGGUUUCGUUGACGCGUCUUCUCUCUCUCCAGAGUAUAAAGUUUGUGUGGAGCUUUUGAGAAAAAAAGAUGGAAGUACUUGGAAAAGCUCCCAUGGUUAGCUCUGCCAAUGUUAUUUACUUGUCUGCCAUCUUGGGUCGCGAUUGCGAUGGACCAAUCCAGUGUCACAAAUGUGACUGGAAAUGUGAGAAUGAAAAUGUUUGCGGGAACAUGUAUCGCUGCAAACUAACUGGACUGACUCAUGUCUGCGACAAGAACUGUAACCAGCGGAUUCUUUAUGACAACCAUAGCUCUUUGUGCCGAGCCAGCGGCAGGACUUUCCCUCUCUCACCGGCUGAGGAGCAGGCUGUGAAAGGUGUUCGGAGGAAGCUUGACACUGAGAGUCAUCCUUCUGAGAGCUGUUCGUUCAAGCGUCGUCGACGUGAUGCACAGUUCCAUGCUUCUCCGUUCGAGAGGUCUUUUACUGCUGUGAGCCCGAUUUGCAGCCCAGCCGGAGACGGGAUGGAGUUGAGUUAGAUUCCAUGUUGAUCUCCUCUAUUCCUGAGACUGAGAAGCUCUUUAUCUCACGUAGAAUAACUUCCUUUUCUCUUUCUUUUGAACAAACUAUGGAUAACAGACAUUUGUGCUAUUGCUCCAGCAGGGGCAGGGGUCUAUGCAUCCUCCCCUGCUUGAAAGAGAGCUUUAUCUUAGUAUUGUUGAACUUUAUGUAGUACUUAUGUAGGAGAGAGACUUUUAUUAUUCUACUUUCUCUAUUCAUUUAGGUGAAAUAGAAUAAUGAACUUGCUACUUACUUCCCUUUGGUGAUGUUUGAUAUCUCUUCUUGUGCACAUUUAGUUUUUCCUACACGAUAUUUAGGCAGGAUUUUUAUUCAGCUAUGUAUCUUGUUUAGCGACCUUACCAUUACGCAGAGCUUGCCACACCAUUGGUGAUUUCUGUAAGUGUGGUACUACAGGAUUUUUUUCCCACGUUGCUAACCAAUGCAGCAUAGGUUCUUCAGGAUAAGGGAUUUUCUGGUUUGUUCUCUUGUAGAAUAAUCCCCUUAAUCCUUUCUGAUGGAUACCUGAUUCUAACAAUUUCUUUGUUCUAUCCAACUUUCCUUUCCUUGAUCGAUUAGUUCUAAGGGUCCUGAAUAUGUUUUCUGUUUGUGCAGGUUUUCAAAUGUUGCAACUCAGGAGAGUUUAAUUGUGCUUUAUAUAUACAUUGAUUUGUCUGUUAUGUUUCUGAUUUUUUUUCUUUCUUUCACAUUAAAGGAGUAAUUCUAACUGAGUUUAAACCUUGGUUUGCAGGUACUAUUGUGUUUGUGCUCAGCAGGCAACAACUCAGUUGGUUUAAUUCAUUGGUAACGUAAGGCGAUGCUCCUAAACUAUGAGAGAAAGGAGGGCAAUGAGUAGGUACAGUUACGUUGUGGCUGGCAACUGUGCUCAAAAUUAUCUGCUGGUUCUUAUGUUAUGACUUGUAUUAUAUCUGCCCCUGGUGGAAACUGGGCUCUUAUGUUAGUCCGGCUGACAGAAAGGUAGAAGGUGUAGGCAUCCGAUGGUUUGAUGUAAGAGCUUAGAUUUCCUGGGAUCGUCGAAGAUUCUGUUCCAAAGAAGUUGGCAAAGUAUCAAAUGUUGACUCGACCGCUACAAUAAGCUAUUAGCUAGGGAUGAUAAAAUUCACUAUUUUUAACAUGUUAUAUCCUGUUGAGUUCAGAAAAAAACGAGAUAUUUUCUUAAAUCUCACGAUUUGAUUGCUAGAAUUUUUGUUUUCAUAGUAUUGGUGAUUCGUAUUCAUUUGAUUAUUCAAAAAAAUUAUAAUAUUGGUUACUUAUUCAAAUUUUCACAAUUUUGUACCUCAAUUUUCUAAGGAACACGGAU